AUAGUGUAUAGGUGCCACGACAACACGCUCGGCGUUGGGUUUGACACCAAUAGCAUUGGCGAUGUAUAUCUAGUGUGUUGCGCCCGCCAAGCCACGUGAUAUUGACCAAUCACAAGUCGUCAGUGACUAAUCUGGUUGAUAAAAGUUUAUGGACAAAAGUGUAAGUUUGUGUUUUUGGUAUUUUCUCGAUCGUUCAACUGUGUUACAAUGAACAGUCUUGAAGAACUAGGAAAGAAGGCUUACCAGAAACAAAUAUGGGGCGAUUACAUAGAAGCCAUUAAUAUAUAUAAUACAACCAUAGAAAAAUAUCCAAAUGAUCCACGACUACUUAAUAACAGAUGCCUUUGUUAUAUUGAAAUUAAAAAUUUUAACAAAGCACUGGAGGAUGCAGAACGUAUGAUACAUCAUUUUCCACAACAUGCCAAGUCUUAUUAUCGUAAAGGUGAGGUACUUGCGGCUUUAAAGCGUUAUAUUGAAGCAGAAGAGUCAUUUCAAAAAGUUUUAUCAAUGGAUUUAGAAUGUGAAGAUGCUAGACGACAGCUGUUGAAUGUUCAAGCCAUGCAUCUGUGUCAGCUUGGUUAUAACAAGGAGCAGGCAUUGAAAGCUCUUCGUCUUACAAUAAACAGCGUUACACAUACUGCAAGCAUUGAGGAUGCAGAAAAUAUCCUCAAAUAUGGAACACAAGAAAUACUUGACCAGAACAGUGACAUAGAUAGUGACUGUGUUUACUACUCUGAUGAUGAUGAUAAUGGCAAGAAGGAAGACAGGAAUGUUUAUGAUCCAUUUGUGGACCCAUCAAAUCCACUGAAAAGCAGUACUCUUUGGGUUGGUUUUGUAACCAAGUCUGUAACCAAGGAUAUGCUUCAAGAUUUAUUUUCAGAGUAUGGAAAGAUAGAUAGUGUUCAUGUUUGUUAUCCGUUACACUGUGCUUUUAUUAACUAUAUCAAUCAUAUUGCACCUGGUAAGGCAAUGAAAGCAUUACAAGGAAAAUUCAUUGGAGGAAGAAAUAUUGUUUUAAAGUUUCCCAAUCGUGCUGCCAGCCAGACAAACAAACACACAAAAGCUCUUUAGGGAAAUUCAACAGACAGCAAAAGUGUAUUAUCACCCAAAAGAAAGCCAUUAGAAUAAUGGCAGGUGUUAAAAAGAAGAGUAUCUUGCAGAGAACAGUUUAAGAAAUGUAAUAUACUCCCCCCUUGUGAGUGAAUACCUACUCUCAUUACUGUCUUUGGUUGUCAUGGCCAACAAGGAGAAAUUCCAAACAAACUCUAACAUACAUAGCAUAGAAUUAGAAUUUAUUUACAUUCUGUAUAAUGCAAAAAUGUGGAACAUGUCAUAAUAUGAAUAUGAGCACUUAGUGCAAUAAAAUACCAAAACGAAA